UAUAAAAGCAGGUGAAAUGCAUGCAAAAGCCUUACUCAGGAACAAUGUUGGCAUUCUUGAUUCUUGUUACUGUAGCCCUAUCAUCUGCUCACCAUUCUGGUGAACACUUUGAAGGGUAAGUAAGCAACUCCUUAAAUGGCCAAGUCUUUCCUUGCUUUCCCCAAAUUCGAAUGCAUUACUGAUUUUAAAUUUUCUCUUCUGCCCUCACCAUUCAGUGAGAAAGUGUUCCGUGUCAAUGUUGAAGAUGAAAAUCAAAUCAGCGUACUCCGUGAGUUGGCCAGCACCAAACAGAUUGACUUCUGGAAACCAGAUUCUGUCACACAAAUAAGACCUCACAGUAUAGUUGACUUCCGUGUUAAAGCAGAAGAUAUUUUGGCUGUGGAAGACUUUCUGGAACAGAAUGAAUUACAAUAUGAGGUAUUGAUAAGCAACCUGAGAUCUGUGCUGGAGGCUCAGUUUGACAGCCAGGUUCGUGCUACCGGACACAAUUACAAGAAGUACAACAAUUGGGAAACGAUAGAAGCUUGGACUGAACAGAUCACCAGUGAGAAUCCAGACCUCAUCUCUCGCAGCACCAUUGGAACCACAUUUGAAGGACGCACUAUGUACCUCCUCAAGGUUGGCAAAGCUGGACUAAAUAAGCCUGCCAUUUUCAUGGACUGUGGUUUCCAUGCCAGAGAGUGGAUUUCCCCUGCAUUUUGCCAAUGGUUUGUGAGAGAGGCUGUUCGCACCUAUGGACAUGAAAUCCACAUGACAGAACUUCUCGACAAGUUAGACUUUUAUGUCUUGCCUGUGGUCAAUAUUGAUGGCUAUGUCUACACCUGGACCAAGAACCGAAUGUGGAGGAAGACCCGCUCUACCCAUGCUGGGAGUACCUGCAUCGGCACAGACCCUAACAGAAAUUUUGAUGCUGGCUGGUGCUCAAUUGGAGCCUCUAAAAACCCCUGUGAUGAGACUUACUGUGGACCUACUGCAGAGUCUGAAAAAGAAACCAAGGCCCUGGCUGAUUUCAUCCGCAACAACCUCUCUUCCAUCAAAGCCUACCUAACAAUCCACUCCUACUCCCAGAUGAUGCUCUACCCUUACUCCUAUGCUGACAAAGUCGGAGAAAACAAUGUUGAAUUGAACACCCUGGCUAAAGCUACUGUGAAAGAACUUGCCACACUGCAUGGUACCAAGUACACGUACGGCCCAGGGGCUACAACAAUCUAUCCUGCUGCUGGGGGCUCUGACGACUGGGCUUAUGACCAAGGAAUCAAAUAUUCCUUCACCUUUGAACUCCGGGAUAAAGGCAGAUACGGCUUUGCCCUCCCUGAAUCCCAGAUCCAGCCAACCUGUGAAGAGACAAUGUUGGCAAUCAAGUAUGUCGCCAACUACCUCCUGGAACAUCUGUACUAGUCAAGAAUGCUAAGAGCCUUAUUUCGAAGGGCUCACUCUUUGUUUCUUUUCUAUCCUGAAUUCUUUUUUUUGCCUAAAUGUUUUCCAAAUCCCAAUCUUUCUUUUAAGCUUCCAAGUCUAUUAAACUAGUUGGAUCUUUUAAUACUGAUCAUAAUAAAAGUGAAUCAUUGUAACUGGAAAAUCUGACAGAUUCUCUACUUCUGUCGGGGGUAAACGAUGUAAACAAAUGACUAAUGAGCCACGUGAUGAUAUUGGGUCAGCCGUCCAGGAGUUAAAGUCCUUGGGGUGUUGGGCAACACUGGCAGAGUGCAGAGAUGCACAGGUUAUAAUGGGGUACUUGUGAGGAAG